AUGGCGUGUCGGUCUGGUCAAAAUCCGGCGGACUGGAUUCAGAAAUUGGCACAGUGGCGCACAGAAUGUCAAAGAUCUAUCUUACGGGAAGAUCAAAUAGCUUCCGGGGCCCCAAUCAAGCCUGAAGACGAUCAUGUUCUUUCAGGUGGCAGGUCCUUGCCACUUCUACAAAAUUGGCCAAUCGCGAGUCCCCCAGAUUGGGCCUUGAAGAACGACGGCUCCGCCUCACGCCCUACAUGGAGGCCAAAAAACGUCCGUCUCUCGGACACCGGCGUGGUCUAUGCUCUGUUGGCUCUCCCUCAGUACUACCGCAUCCAAUUUCUUGCAUUUGAUUUUGAUUCGAACGGAGACGUGCGCAGAGAUCGAGUCCCGAAGGCACCCACUGUCAUUGCGUACCAAAACGGGUUACCGACUCUCUUGACUUGGAAAGGGGUAUACAUCUUGACUGGUGGAUACAAUGAUGCGGGCUGGCUGUUGGCGGAUGAGUUUCCAAAUCAAGAACUCUUUUUUCAAAGCGGGCUCGUGAUUUCUGCACCCCAGGUGGAAAAAUGUGCUGCGCUGAGCACUCAACUUACGCGAUACGAGCCGAUAUCACCAAAGGGUUGGGCAACUACAGCUGGGCUUUGGGAAUAUGGCAGAUGGGCGAUGGGGAUUGAGCUCAGAGGCUGCCGCGACAUCAAUGCUCACUGCUUGGUGCUGGAAGGCUCAGCUCUGUCUGGGUAUCAGAGGAUGGGAUCUCUUGCUGGCUUUGUGCCCUUGAUAUAUCCUGGUGCAAACCCGAGUGACAGCAACCAGGCCAUACAGGACAUCCCCCCUUCUUCUUCUACCAUGAAUGGUUACUCUUUGAUCAGGUGGAGCAAUAUCACACCUCGCAGCUUAGAGAUUGGUGACUCGAAGGAAGGAGUUGAGCAUGGAAGCUGCCGUGACGGUGGAAACGGGCCCACGCCUCGGAAUCCCAAGAGAAAGAGAGAGAUUGAGAGUGACAACUACAAAGAAGUCGUGGCAGCUCGACACCGGACCUUGCUCGCCACCAAGAGAGAACCAGGCUCGCCAGCCCAGGAGCAGCUUGAUACAUCUUCGUCGACCACGUCCACAUUCCGCACUCUCUGGAAGGAGCUGACAGAAGUCGAAACGCCACCGGAGCAUUGGGAACUGUUCAUGACGGUAGUCUCGUUGGAAGAUUUGUACCAACGAUGGGGCUGGAAUGCGAUCGCAGCCAAAGUUGUUCGCAACAAGUUCUCCUCCUCAGAGGCCUCCAUCCUUCGUGCGGUAACAUACCAGCUCCCACCUAGAGUGGCCUACGCAAUGUUCGGAUUUGACAUGAAUCGAGAUGCCGUUGCGAUUGAGCAUGCAUUCAGCUACAACACUACCCGGUUUCAGUUUGCACGCAAAGUUGAUGAUCUCGAGGAAGGGCCUGCGAAAAAAGCCUAUCAAAAGUUCUCUUCCUACUUUGGUGGCCUCACGAGCUCCGAAGCUACUGCCGAUAAUUCUCCUCUCAACGUUCGAGAAUCAGGAAGUCCCAACAAGGUGGAAUCAGAGACGGAAGAGAAUGUCAUACGAUCUCCCGAAAUUCCUCCUUGUCAUUCCCAUGACAAUGAGCCCCACUGCCUCCAACCUGGUAUUGUCUUAUGCAACUAUCUGGAAUCAAUUGAACAUCAUGAGCAUUAUUACCGACAUCACAAAGCCGUCGGUUUGUUCCAUCAGCAGAUGACCAAAUGCUUGGAGCAGCUGGAUUUGAACCGUCCUGAAUCACCUCCGUGCGAAUGA